UGCUCAAAGGGUGGAGGGGCUGAGACUAUCUCAGGUGGCCUUGGACUGCUGGUGGCUAAGGGACAGAAGAAGGAGCUGUGAGCUCACGGGGACAGUGCAUGUGGAGGGCUCUGCCAGCCAGCCAGCGAGCAUCUUUGAAUAUUCUUAGUGUGACAGAUACCUUUAUAUGGGGGUCUUCUCUCAAUUUUAUUGGACGAGUCCAGGAUUGGGUAGCCGUCCCUUGGGAACUCCACUGCGUCUGGCCAAGAGCAUGGUGAGUAGCUCUCAGCCUGGCUGACCUCCCACUGCCUCAUCCGGGUCCUAAGCUGGGUGGGAAGGAGGGCUCUGGUUACACCCGGCCGACCCAGACAGCAGCCUUUGUGAUGUGGGGAUCUCAGGUUCUGUCUUCUGGGGACAGCACUGCUUCCCCAUCGGCCAGCUCAGUACAAUGGACUGGCUCAGGUUUCUUCAGGGGGGUUCAUUUUCCCCCCCAAACGUAGCGGAUGAGGAUGCCCCACAUGUGAACAGGAGCUAUGCCCUAGGAGCCGGGAGUAAGUGGCCUGCAUCUGAACCAGGACUGUGCCCUCUCUUUUCCUCUCCCCCUUUAUUUAGUAUUUUCUAUGUUCUCAAAGGAUGCAGAGCAGUUCCUUUCAUAAGAUAGGAGCAGUCAGGGUUGCCAUGAAUGUUCGGUCACGACAGGAUUGUUUUCUGUUUGCUUGGCAUGGGGGACAGACCGGUUUCCACUCUGCUUCCAGCUCUAGCGGAUGGCCACGGGGGGCCUGGCUGGGCACAGCUCCCUGGACCUGCCUCAGAUUUAAUGCAGGAUUGGUGGAAAACAAAAGACAAACGAAUGAAAACCAACCUCCAGUGACGUGCUGCUGCCCCCUGAUUCUCCAGGGGCGAUUGGAUCACUGCUCUCCACACCAUGGAUUUGCAUCUCUUUGACUACUCAGAGCCAGGGAACUUCUCCGACAUGAGCUGGCCGUGCAAUGGCAGCGACUGCAUCGCGGUGGACACAGUGCUCUGCCCGGCCAUGCCCAGCAAAAGCGCUCUGCUGUACACACUCUCCUUUAUUUACAUUUUCAUCUUUGUGAUCGGCAUGAUCGCCAAUUCCGUGGUGGUCUGGGUGAACAUCCGGGCCAAGACCACUGGCUAUGACACGCACUGCUACAUCUUGAACCUGGCCAUAGCCGACCUGUGGGUGGUCGUCACCAUCCCAGUCUGGGUGGUCAGCCUGGUGCAGCAUAACCAGUGGCCCAUGGGAGAGCUCACAUGCAAGGUCACUCACCUCAUCUUCUCCAUCAACCUCUUCGGCAGCAUCUUCUUCCUCACGUGCAUGAGUGUGGAUCGCUACCUCUCCAUCACCUACUUCACCAACACGUCCAGCCACAGGAAGAAGAUGGUCCGCCGCGCUGUCUGUGUCCUGGUGUGGCUGCUGGCCUUCUGUGUGUCCCUGCCCGACACCUACUACCUGAAGACCGUCACGUCUGCGUCCAACAACGAGACCUACUGCAGGUCCUUCUACCCCGAGCACAGCGUCAAGGAGUGGCUGAUCAGCAUGGAGCUAGUCUCUGUCAUCUUGGGCUUUGCCAUCCCUUUCUCCAUCAUUGCCAUCUUCUACUUCCUGCUGGCCCGAGCCAUCUCCGCGUCCGCUGACCAGGAGAAGCAGAGCAGCCGGAAGAUCAUCUUCUCCUACGUGGUGGUCUUCCUGGUUUGCUGGCUCCCCUACCACGUGGUGGUGCUCCUGGACAUCUUCUCCAUCCUCCACUACAUCCCCUUCACCUGCCAGCUGGAGAACGUCCUCUUCACGGCCCUGCACGUGACACAGUGCCUGUCCCUGGUGCACUGCUGCGUCAACCCUGUGCUGUACAGCUUUAUCAACCGCAACUACAGAUACGAGCUGAUGAAGGCCUUUAUCUUUAAGUACUCGGCCAAGACAGGUCUCACCAAGCUCAUAGAUGCCUCCAGAGUGUCGGAAACAGAGUACUCCGCUUUGGAGCAAAGCACCAAAUGAGGUGCUCUGCAGAGUGGCCAGGUGUGGGCUUCGGCUCAGAGGGGUGCUGGGCUGCAUCACUCCCCAGCGGAAAGUGAGGGGGCUUUGAAGCUUGAUGCCUGAGUGGCGUCAAGAGGGGAACACGUGUCACUGCGUCCUUUCUCCCUUUUUUGUUGUGCCGAUGUGGCUGUCGUGCAGCUGUGGGUUCUGGCAGUGUUCAUCUUGCAGGGCUGUGCUGCGCGGCCAGUGCUACUUGUCAAAGCCGCCUACAGGACAGGCUCUUGCCUGCACUUCUGUAAAAUAGGACUUUGUGUUCCCUGAAGGUUUUAUAAGGUGAUUUGUAUUUAAAUGUUAAGACUUUAUUUUCUCACUAUUGGUGUACCUUAUAAAUGUAUCUGAAAGUCUAAAUAUAUUUUAAAUAUGGUAUGGGAGGUAUAAUGCUGACAUAUAUUCAGAGUGUCGUAGUUUUAAGAUUAGUCUGAUUCCGGUUUGACUAAGGAUGACAUAAUUGUUAGCUGUUUUGAAAUUAUAUAUAUAAAUAUAUAAAUAUAUGCCAGUCUUGGCUGAAAUGUUUUAUUUACCAUAGUUUUAUAUCUGUAUGGUGCUUUGUUACCGGUGUGGCAUAAGGAAUGAAAACCGCUCUGUAACGCAGUCUGUGAUACUGUAUUGUAAAGUUACUUUGAAAAAGAACAAAACCAAGCAAAACUCUUCCAGGCUGCAAUGCUGUGCACAAACGGAGAGUCUUAUUUCAGAGUGCUCUCUCCAUUUGUAAGUUAUUUUUUUUAACAAAGAUUUUUUUUUUUUUCCUAAAAAGACAUUUUGGUUUCAGUUUUAAAUGUAUGUUUGGCAUUUAGGUGGCAUGUAUGAUAAUACCGUAUGGAUGUAUCCUACAUCUACAGGUCAACCUAAGUAAUUUUUUUUUUUUAUAAAGUAACUACUAUAAAGGCAAAACCCAAGGGGUUCACUUGGAUAAAAUGAUGUGAAAGGAAAAA